UUACGUGCUUUCGCUACCGAAGCGCGUCCUACGAUACAUUGUCUUCCUUUUCUCAUUUCCACCUUAGUAGAAGAUGUAAAAGUAAAAUAUCAAAUAAUUCGCAUAUAUUGAAAACUAAACACCGGCUACAGAGUCUACGUUCACGUACUUAAAAUCAAAUAUUAAAAAUUAAUGAAAAAUAUAAAGUACUAACGGAAGAUUGCCUAAUACGUUUUUGUUUGGUUGCACAUGUGUUUGAUUCGGUGAACUUUUUCCCACAAUUAUUGUGAAAUGUAAAUUUAUAUUUCUACAAGAUGGCAACGAUACGCAAGAAGAAUUGUAACUAAAAUGGAGAUAAAAAGAAAAAUUAGGGAAAUGGGUAUAAAACUGAUAGAAAUCCACUGGGAAGUAUAAGAUCUCAAUCAGAGUUUAAUACAAUAAUACAAAUAAAAUUCAAAUUACGAUGAGCAAGGAAGAAAACAGUGAUGGGGCUCCUCAAGAAGGAGCUGGCGGUGGUGAAAGCUCGAGAAAGGAGACGGAUAUCUAUGAAAAUCGAAGGACCAAGAAAAUAAUACGAUUAGUCACUGUGAUGGCUUACAUGUUCUCUGUAAGUUUCGUAGCCAUUGUCUUAAGUGCGUAUUAUUUAUUUCUUUGGGAACCACCUAAUCCAAGGCUUAUACGAAGACCAGUUCAAUUAUCUUCCGAACCCGAAGUACAAUACCUACAAGGCGAUAAAAUGACUGUGCAAGAUGACCCCAACAAACUCGCACAACACUCUAAUGCUACGAAUGUUUUGUUCUUGGCUCGUAUUGCUGACAUAGAAAAACCUGUCAAUAAUUACGAUCAUGUAAAAGAGCAUCGUGAAAAAUUAAACGAAUCUUUGUUUCUAUUACCAAAUUCUUUAAUUGAAUCUUGGAAAAAUAGAAUCAAUAAUCCGAACUCUUUUGUUCAAGAUUCCUCUCGAGAAAGUGGAACAUCUAAUUUUUUUAAUUAUACUUCAUUCGAAGAAGAAAAGACGUUGAACUUAACAAGAAAAUUAAAUGGAAGAGGUACAAAAGAUUCAUCUAAAAUUACGAAUCGUAUGUUCGGUAAUAAUGGUACAUUCCAGAUACUGGAGUCUUCGACUAUUUUUGGAAAUGAAACGAAUAAUGAUCAUUUUACAAAUACCAGAAACUAUUCUGAAUCAUCUCAAGAUAUUUUUCCAUUAAAUCACAAUUUUACGAAAAAUACAGUUACCAAUCGAAACGAAGACAAAAAUAAUGUUCUAUCAAGCUUUAAAUCGAAAGCUGAAACGUUUAAUAAAAAAAGUGUGAAAGUUAAAACGCCCCAGUAUCCUGAAAUACAUUUGCCCAAUGAAAGAUUUAUAGAUACUACAAUGACAAUUAUGACGAUAAAUGAUAAAGAAAAUUUCGAUAUCCAAAACAGUAGAGAAGAUCGUGCGUAUAAUAUCAACAAUCUAAAACAAGAAAUUAAUUUAAAUAAACAAACAACUCUAGAUUCUUCUCGUAAUUUGGAACUUGAAAAUCGUCUAGAAUAUCCUGAACAGUCCAACAAAUUACCUGGCAAACUGGCAAACAUUGCGUUGAACUUCAAAGAUACGCAAACAGAAAAAAUGACGACAAAAUUAACGACCAUGGCGAGUGAACGAAGUAUGUCAGAAAUCAUAACCACUCCACGACAGAAGGAUUUAUUAACUAUCUUAACAGAGAUUGCUGAAUCAUCGACUGCUCCCUCGCUAACAACACUCGAGGAUUUACAAACUAGUCUAAGUACAGAAACCAAAGAAAUAUCUACCAAAAUGCAUUCUAACAUUAAUUAAUAUGUUAGAAUAUUAAAAGUAAUUAAAAGAAGAA